ACUGCUAAAAUUGAUACCACUUGGAAGUAUUUGCAGUUGAUCAUUGAUAAGCUGCUUUGUUUGGGGGAGUUUUAAGCUUUUUAUCCCCUUCUCUUUCAGGGUUUUACUGCAGGUGACUGAUUGCCAUGAGUUCAAAUAUUUUCCUCUGAUUUGCUGUUUGCUGGGCUGAAGUGAGGGAUGGCUGAGGAAGCCAAGUACAGCAUCGUUCGGGAAGUGGGCCGAGGGAACUAUGGGGUGGUUUAUGAGGCCAUCCUUAACCAAACUAGGAACAAAGUAGCUGUAAAAAGGAUACACUGUAAUGUGCCCGAAAAUGUAGAACUGGCUCUGCAAGAGUUCUGGGCCCUGCAGAGCAUCCAGAGGCAACAUGAAAAUGUGAUCCAGCUGGAGGAGUGUAUCCUGCAGAAUGGCCAAGUCUUUCAGCCCAUUAGUCAUCGUUACAGGAAAUCAGACAGCCACUUGCUGCUCAUUGAGACCUGCCUGAAAGGACGGAGGUGCAUGGAUCCCAAGUCAGCCUGCUUUCUGUGGUUUGUGAUGGAGUUCUGUGAUGGGGGCAACAUGAAUGAAUACCUGCUGUCCCGCAGCCCCGACGCUCAGCUGAACAACAGCUUCAUGCAGCAGCUCAGCAGCGCUGUGGCUUUCCUGCACAGAAACCAGAUAGUGCACAGAGACCUGAAAUCCGACAAUAUUCUGAUUUCUCACAGACGGGGAAGUCCCAUAGUAAAGGUAGCAGAUUUUGGUCUCAGCAAGGUGUGUCAGGAGAAAGGGAAUGUGAACCAGCACCGCUUCUCCUCUGCGUGUGGGUCCAACUUCUACAUGGCUCCGGAAGUCUGGGAAGGUCACUACACUGCGAAAGCUGACAUAUUUGCCCUUGGGAUCAUUUUCUGGGCUAUGGUUGAGAGGAUCACCUUCCGAGAUGGGGAUUCUGAGAAGGAAUUGCUUGGAAUUUACAUCUGCCAAGGGAAGGAGCUUAUUCCCCUUGGAGAAGCAUUGCUGGAGAACCCCAACAUGAAAUUACAGAUUCCCCUGAAGAAGAAGUCCAUGCCAGGGGAUCUCUGCAAGCUUCUGCAUGACAUGCUGGCUUUUAACCCAAAGGAAAGGCUGGAUGCCUUCCAACUAGAAGUCCGAAUCAGGCAAAUCUCCUACGGCAAAAAGCGCCAACGCUCUGCCUCAUAGAGAUGAAGGACAUUCAGGUAUUGUGUCCCGCUGUAAUCUGGAGACCUUGGAGAUGGUGAAUAACUCUGCCUUCCUUUGGAGUGAGUGGGUCCAUCAGAAGACCGUUGCUGGUGUCCAGUUUUCCCAAACGGUUCUAUUUAAAUGGACAGCAUUUUUAUUUAUUUGUACAGUAAUUUUAAGAGGAGAACUACAAAAUAUCUAUUUUUAUCCAAACCUUCAGUGUUUAACUUUAUGUUCUUUUAUGCAGCGGGUAGCACAGGUGAGAUCUUGGCUGAGGUGGUCUUGUCUGCCCGGCCACACUCAGCACAGUCACAGAGGAAUUUCUCAACUUGCUCUUUAUAUAGCAAUGUUUUACUGCUGUCCUGUGGCUAUACGUUCAAAGGAUGGCAAAGAAACAUGUGGAAACUGCCUUGAGACAGGCUUCUCUGCCCUACUGCAUGCUGACUGCCCCUCCAGCCCUGGCUUCUCCCUGACAAGGCUGUGUCGCAUGUCCUUGGCACACAAGUUGGUCUUUAGGAGGUUUAAUUGGAGCUUUUUUUGUGUGUAAUUCUUCUCUCCGUGUUGCUUGGCCAUGUAAGCGAGUGAUGUCUGCUGAAUGAGCUGGCAAAGUGUUCAGUGUCUGUUCUGCAAACUAUGAGCAGAAACAAAAAUGUAUUUUCUUCACAGUAGCUUUUGAAUAUUCUUGCUUAGAUUAACUAAAAUGCUUUCUUAAAAUAAAUACAAAGAAUGUUAAAGAUGCCAACUCUUGAUUAGAACAUAUGCGUCACUAACACUUAAAGUAGUUUAAGGAAUCAUGCUUCCUGCUGUGUUAGCUGCUUGUGCCAGCUGUUCUUACAAGGGGAAUGAAAAGGACUGAACUGGAAUCUUGGCAGGUAAAUGGGGAGUCUAAUUUACACCCUGUUUGAAAAAUAUUUUAAUGUAUCUGUAAACUACCGCUGAUCUUUGCUUUUCUUUAGGAGCUGGGAGCUCCUGGAGCAGGUUCCUCCUGUGCUCUGUUGUUGUGUGGAGGUGAAAUAAUGUCCUUCAGGGACAGCUUCCUUUGGCAGGAAAAGAACGAGCUGCCAAAACGGACAUUGCUUGGUGAGCCCUCCGCCACCGAUGCCACACAGAGGUCAGAAAUACAUGUAUUUAUUUCUUUUAGAAAUAGAUAUAUUGUUCCCCCUGUCCUACUCUAAGAUUGUGACUGCAGCACAGAAGACCAGUAUUGUGUGUUAUAAGUGUGAUUCAUGGAGAGGAUCUUUCUUCCUGCCAUGACUUUAUCCAGAAGCUCCAUUGGCCUUGCGUGGGGAAGUGUAACACUUUAUCACCUGCUCCUCUGGGCUGUAAAACACAUUUAUCAUGCACAAACCAGUGUUAAUUGACCUCUGUCCCCAGAAGAGAUAACAAAUGGACUACCCAUAGGAGUGGUCCCCAAAAAUAUGUAAAAAGUUAAUUUGAAUGGUUAAAUUAAGCUUUACCUUUGAAUUUAGGGAAUCCCUAGUCUGAUAGCACUCUGGCAUAUGAAGCCUGUGCAGCAAUGACAGACACAGUUGCUUUGAAGCUCAUUCAGCUCUUGACACCUCUGUGCAGACAGAGCAAUGGUGACUGGAAAUGAUCUUAAAAUGGGGUCUGGACCCUUUGUGGGCCACAGUCACCCUGUUCUGGAGAGCACUUCUGCCUUCUUGCAGCAGAUAGGUCUGGCUUUGCAGCUCUACGCCUUCAGUACAGCUCAGCCUUACCUCAUUCUAGUUGUUGCCUUGAUUUGAACUCAUCUUAAGAGUCCUGGGGAAUCAGGACUGCAGGCUGGGCUUACCUGUCUGCAGCUUUCAGUUGGAAAUACUCUUCUGCUUUGCAGAGCUGCUAUUCUGAAGUAAGGUUUCUUCAUCCUUCCUGUCCUCAUCCUGCCUCUGCUGCUACACCGCUUUCUGCCACCUCUCCUCCAAGCACACUGGUGGUCUUCCAGGGCUCUUUAGUUGAUCCAGCCCCAUUUUUCUGGCCUCCAGAUAGGUCUGUCACACCUGUGCAACACAUGAGACAAUUGCAGGGCACAGAAAUGGCCCUUUACUCCUUUUCUUCCUUGUUUUGCCAUGCUAAGUGAGUCUUCUCACAGCUGCUGGAUAUUUUUAGCUAGUUUACUUAGGCUUUAAUCACUUCAAACUCUGUGCUUUAUAAAUUAAUAAA